UUUAAAAAUCUUAAAGAAACCGACCUUUUUCUCCUCUCCUUCCCCUUUCUGCCACCAGAAAUCUCUAACAUAUAUAGAAUUCUUAACCUCAUCGGCGGUGCUCAUACACAAACGCUGAGAAGUGAAAUUGACUCGUGCACUCUUCUGAGUUCCGAAACAAAUCGACACCGAAAUUCAUUUCUUGCCCAAUUUUUGAGUUUUGAAAGAAAUAGAGAUCAAGAUCAUAGAGAAUGACAUCCAUUCGAAGUAUCUGCUGCAACGCUUUUCUUGAAAUAACCCGUAUGUCGAUGGAUCAGUUAACUACACUCGGCAUAGAAGGAAUAGGGUUUUCUCCUUUGAAUACGACUCUGUGUUACAUGGCGGUACACUCUAAUUACUUUCAUGUUGCUGUAUCCCCUGGCCAUCGAUUUAAGGGUUACAGCACUGCAUGUAUUCGUCAAGGUAUUAAUAAUCAAAAGCGUUGCGAGAUAACUGGGACGAUUUGUCCUUAUGGAGACUUGAUGGAGACGUUUAUCAAGACAAUAGAGGAGAACGCUGACAAAAUUGAUAAGGUAAAUCCUUUGGAAAUAUGGGCCAACGGCGAGCAUUGUGUGAAGCUCUUGGAACAACUUGGGUUUACUUGCGAAGGCAAAAGGCUUGAAGGUGAGAUAGGAAGUAUGACAAGUUAUAAAGUACUCAAGAAAGACUUGUCAGGAAAACAUAAUUAGAGCAGCUCGAUCAUAGCAAGUCUGGUGCAGCAGAAGCCACAGCAAUCAGAGGUGUCAAAAACUGGAUUCGCGGUGCCUCCUCCUGGUAGUCAAUUAGAUGAGAUUGUGACAAUGAUAUACAUACACGUUAUAAUAGUGACAAUCGUAUAUAAAAAUGCGUGAUAAGUAGGAUGUCAAGGUGAAAGCCAAGUCUUACAUUGUAUAGAUUCAUCCUGUACUUCUGUUAUAAAGCUGUUGGAAGAUGGUGAUAAGUAGUCUGCCAUCUAGAGGACCUGUAGGUGUUAAGUGAAUCUGUUGCCGACUUCAUCUUGUGCAGGUGGCAAUAGACUUUGUCGAGGUGGAUUUGGAAAUGCAUGAUAAUUCAUGUAUCGGUAUGUCCAUGCAUAUAGUUGUUUAAGGAUUUUCUCCGCCACAUCUGUGGUCACAUGAAAAUACUCAAUGAGUUGGUUAAAUUUUCCUAGGAGUUACCUUUGUGCUAUGUUUAACUAAAUUCAUCACCACCUGCAAUAUGUGCAGCAUGUCGCAGACCUGAUCUUGUAAAUAAUUGUGUUCAACCAUUUUGUUUUCAUCCA